CUGGGAGAGAACAUUGUUCCUUUACCGUCCACCACGGCUCAGUGAAGUGCUAUCAGCUUGGAAAGACAGCGGACAACCCACAUACGAUUUCUCUUAUGGUCGACGAGCCAGUGAAGAGAACCUCCAAUGAUCCCACUGUCGACGACUUCCCGAGAGGCGUAGAUCUCUGCGAAGGGCCGUCUUACACGGGUCGUGGUUGCAGGCAUGACAGACACCGAGUCCUUCAUACCAGCUCUGCACAAGCCUGCAAGUCUCUUACCCAUCGCUCGGCACAGAGAUGCCUUGCUGUACACUAUUGAUACGUAUCCUGUUACUGUCCUGGUGGGUCAGACUGGCAGCGGCAAGACGACACAGGUACCGCAGUACCUAGAGCAAGCAGGGUGGUGUCAAGAUGGCAAGGUCAUCGCUGUCACUCAACCUCGUCGUGUAGCUGCUACCACUGUUGCAAAGCGUGUUGCGGAUGAGAUGCGAUGUCCGCUAGGCCAGGAAGUAGGGUACAGUAUCCGCUUUGAGGAUGUUACGUCCGAAAAGACAAGGAUUAAGUUCCUGACCGAUGGCUUGCUCCUGCGAGAAGCUCUCGUUGAUCCACUCUUGAGCCGAUACAGCGUCAUCAUGGUCGAUGAAGCGCAUGAACGCAGUCUGAGCUCUGACAUUCUCUUAGGCGUAUUGAAGAAGAUCCGCAAACGGAGGCCAGAGCUGAGGAUUGUGGUCAGCUCCGCUACCUUGCAAGCGGAAGCGUUCCUGAACUUCUUCGCCGGAGGCGAUGUAGACGCUACGGAUGAACCUGGCGGAAGUGUAGCCCGUAUCGUCAGCAUCGAAGGCCGCGCUUUCCCGGUCGACAUACACUACCUCACCGAUCCGUGCGAAGACUACCUCCUCGGCGCGGUCGGGACCGUCUUCGACAUCCACAACACAGAACCCGAAGGUGACAUCCUCGUCUUCCUUACCGGCCGCGACGACAUCGAAACCGCCAUCGACACGAUCGCCAAGCGCAUACCCUCCCUUCCAGCGUCUGCCGCACAACUCCUCCCACUCCCUCUCUACGCGGGCCUAACCACAGACCAACAAAUGUACGUCUUCGAGCCCGCGCCUGACAACACUCGCAAAAUCAUCCUCGCCACCAAUAUCGCCGAAGCCAGCGUAACCAUCCAUGGCAUCGUCUACGUAAUUGACACUGGUUUCGUAAAACUUCGCGCUUACAACCCCACCACGGCCAUCGAAACUCUAACCACCACGCCCAUCUCCCAAGCCUCCGCCACGCAGCGCUCCGGUCGCGCGGGGCGCACGAAAGCGGGGAAAUGCUACCGUCUCUACACUGAGGCCGCUUACCAAAACCUCCCUGAAGUGACAGUGCCGGAGAUCCAGCGCAGUAACCUAGCCCCGACGAUCCUCCAACUGAAAGCACUGGGUAUAGACAAUAUCGCCCGUUUCGGCUUCCUGACCCCUCCGCCCGCCAACCUCAUCAUUCGCGCGCUUGAACUCCUCUACUCCCUCGGCGCGUUAGACGAUUACGCCAAACUAACGAAACCCCUCGGUACCCGCAUGGCGGAACUAGCACUCGAACCCAUGUUGGCGAAGUCCCUCCUCUCCGCCUUCGAAUUUGGGUGUCUAAGCGAGAUGCUGAGUAUAGCCGCCAUGACGAGUUUACAAGGAAAUGUGUGGUUUAGUCACGACGAGAAAAAAGCGGAAGAGAGCGCGAGGAGGAAGUUCGCGGUCGAGGAGGGCGAUCACUUGACCUUAUUGAACGUGUACCAGGCUUUUGUGACGAAGGGGAAGAAGGAGAGUCAGUGGUGUCAGCGGCAUUACCUCAACUACAAGAGCAUGUUGCGUGCAGUGACUAUCCGCAACCAGCUCCGUCGGUCUCUCGAACGCUUCGGUAUCGACGUCACGGAGUCUCUAUCAAGCAACACUUCCGUCCUUACAGCCGGCGGCCAACCAAUUCACGAACGUAUCCGCCGCUGUCUCACCGCCGGCUACUUCGCCCACGCCGCACGCAUGAUGCCGGACGGUACUUUUCGGACUGCGGACAGUGGGUUUGGCACAAAGGCCGGCAGCGGUGGGUUGGUCUUGUAUGCUCAUCCGAGUAGUUUGAUGUUCAAUCGGAAGGCGGAAUGGGUUGUUUUUGGCGAGGUGGUGGAGAUGGGGCGGGAGGGGAAGACGUUUAUCAGGGAUGUUACUAAGGUGGAGAAGGGGUGGUUGGGGGAGUAUGGAGGUGGGUAUUAUCGGGUAAAGAAUUGAGGGAGGUUCUAGGGUGGGGUAGGAUGUACGACGUUAUGGGUUUUCAGUGGACGGAGGGCAAUAAGUAAAGAGUCAAGACAUGAUGGCUGGUGAAGCUCGUAUCAGUGAACUCCAUUGUGGCGGUGUAUGGACGUUGUUGAGCUAUCCCGACAUUUGCUCUUGCUGCCACUCAGCUGCACCAACCACACUUUA